GUUCAUUAAAAGAUGAUACAAUAAGAUUUUAGUUUAUAUAAAAAUAGAGGAAAAUUGAAUAAGAAAAAAUGGAGGAUAUAUUCCACUGGAUCAGGGAGGGGAACACGAUGCAGGUCCGGAUGUGGUUGGAUGAUACAGAACAUGAUAUGAAUCAAGGUGAUGACCAUCAGUUCUCACCUCUACACUGGGCGGCUAAAGGAGGACAUAUUAAAAUUGUUGAAAUUUUAAUAGGACGAGGUGCACGUGUGAAUACAACGAAUAUGGGAGAUGAUACACCUUUACAUCUAGCUGCAGCUCAUGGCCAUAUGGAAGUCGUGCAAAUUUUGUUGAGGAAUAAAGCCGACGUAAAUUUUGUGAACGAGCACGGGAAUAGUCCCUUACAUUACGCCUGCUUCUGGGGGUAUACGGAGAUAGCAGAGGAACUAGUAGAGUGGGGAGCUACGGUGACAGUACAGAACAAGUACGGAGAAACCCCUCUAGAUAAAUGUUCAAACCAUAUUGCACAGAUUAUACAUGGUAAAGCUGCGCAACUUGGCCAGGAUAUGAAAACCAAGGAGUUUAAGGAUCAGAGUUGGUUGGGAUUAAAGACAAGGAGUAGGGACGCUACACUCUCCAGACACAAGGGAAUAAACAUAAAUGAGCUCUACUUACACACCAAGAUUUCAACAACACCGAGCGGAGAGACCUGGCGAGGCAAAUGGCAAGGAAAUGAGAUUGCGGCAAAGAUCCUGGCGCUGCGCGAGUGUACACCUCGAAUCUCCAGAGAUUUCAAUGAAGAAUAUCCAAAACUCAGAAUAUUCUCGCACCCGAACGUUCUGCCUGUUAUUGGUUGUUGUAACUCCCCUCCUAACCUGGUUGUAAUCAGUCAGUACAUGCCGGUCGGUAGCUUGUACCAUGUACUUCAUGAAGGAACAGGAUUAGUUGUGGAUACUGUUCGUGCUCUUCAGUUCUCCAUUGAUAUUGCUAAGGGAAUGGCGUUCCUCCACAGCCUGGAGCGCCAGCUGCCCCGUCUUUAUCUUAGCAGCAAACAUAUCAUGAUUGAUUGUGUGUCUGAUGAUGAACUAGUUGCAAGAAUAAAUAUGGGAGAUUCCAAGUUUAGUUUCCAGGAGAAGGGGAAGGUUUAUCAUCCUGCUUGGAUAGCUCCUGAGGCCCUGGUAAAGCAUCCUAAUGAACUGAACUCACGAGCUGCGGAUAUGUGGAGUUAUGCAGUCCUGCUCUGGGAGCUGGCUACUAGGGAGAUACCAUUCGGAGAUAUCCAUCCUAUGGAGCUAGGGAUGAAGAUUGCAACAGAAGGAUUAAGACUUGAUGUGUCUCCAGGAAUAUCUCCUCACAUGGCAAAAUUGAUCAGGAUCUGUAUGAACGAGGAGCCUGGUAAACGACCAAGUUUUGAUAUGAUUAUACCGAUCCUGGAGAAAAUGAAGAAAUAGUUUCUUAUAUACACCAACACUGAAGCUCUAUCUCAGUUAUAAACCCAACCCUGGAGCUCUAACCUGGAGCAAUAACGACAUCAACCUAACACAAAUGGGUUAUUAAAAAAUCUGGUUUAAAAAAUAUUACCAACCUAUUAAAAUUGAUUGAAUGUUUCUAGUCCAUUCUUUACCCUUCAUUCACUGAAUAAGUAAAACAAUAACAAGUUGACAAAUCACUAGUUUCUUCCCAGCUUACUGCUUUGCACUGAUAGUUAGUAGUUGAGUGUUUUCAGUUUUCAAACUACAAAUGUUAAAUUAUGAAUUUAGAGAAAAGACGACUUUUAGAAAUCCUCCCAUUAUUCCCAUGUACAUGCCGCGGAUUUACAAAAUGAAACCAACAAUAGAAAAGAGGGUCCAACCAAUGCUUUCAUCAGUAUUUUUCCAAAUAUGUUAUGUCUGUCAAUGUUCAAUGUUAAUUAUGUUUAAUUGUUAAUAAUAUAAAGAUAUAAUCUGUUAAUAACAAAACUUAAAGGGAGUAACAUAAAGUGCCUAAUUACCAGUAAUUAACCUCGAGUAGUUAAUAAUGUCCGUUAAUUUAUUUCAGUGUUAACUAAUACACAAUCGUAUUUUACAAUGGUGCUAUUUGAUGUAAAAUAUAAAUUUAAUAAUA